AUGGCUACCCCCAGUGUCCUCGCUUUUGACGCUGAGGGUCGAGCCAUUGACUUUGAGGUCUGGGUCGACGACCUCAAGCUGUUUUUACAGUGCGAUAGGGCGGACGGUCCUUCUCUCUUUGACCUCACCUCUGGCGCCUCUCUUGCUCUUGCUACAGAUGCUGACCCCACUGUUCGCUCUCAGUGGGCCACCCGCGAUGCUGCUGCACGUCUUGCUGUGCGUCGCCACCUCCCUACCACUGAGCGCGCGCACUUUAGUCAGUACAAGAGUGCUCAGACCUUGUACGACGCUGUAGUUGCGCGCUACUCUUCCCCUGCCACUGCUGCACUGAGCCGUCUCAUGCUACCGUACCUCUUUCCUGAUCUCACUGCCUUUCCCACUGUCGCUGACCUCAUUACGCACCUCCGCACUAGUGACACUCGCUACAGCGCCGCCCUUCCUGCUGAGGACCACUUCCUCUCAGUCUGUCCCACCACUCUCACUAUCGACCUCCUCGAGAAGGCCCUCCUAGCGGCGGAGAAGAGCAUCGUUGCUGUAGGAGCCACUCGUGGCGACCCUCGCACCCCCAUCUUUGAGGGGUGUUCUCCUUCCCCCUUGCUGCCCUCUGUUGCCUCUGUUGCUGCUGCCGACCUGCUUGGUCUUGAGUCGGUCGGCGCGGCGUCUGCCCCUAGCGGGAGACGCCGCCCUGGCAAGGGCAAGGGGGGCAAGGGCGCGGGUGGAGCUGGAGGGGGCGGUGGAGGUGGCGGUGGAGGCGGCGGAGGGAGUGGGGGUGGCGGUGGGAGUAGUGGCAGGGGCGGUGGUGGUGGUGGCAGCAGCGGAGGAGGCGGCGGUGGCGGCGGCAGCGGUGGGAGUGGAGGCGGCGGUGGUGGCGGAGGUCGAGGCAGCGGUGGCGGAGGGGGUGGAGCUGGUCGGGGUGGUGCCCCGCAGUGGAGCGGCUCUGGUAGUGGUCAGCGCCAGCAGCAGCAGCAGCAGCAGCGUUCGCGGGACAUCCCCCCGCUCCAGCAGCUCCGUGAGUGGUACACGCAGCGUCAGAGGGGUGGGGGUUCUGGUCCGUGCACCUGCGUCCUUCGUUCCGGCGACCGCGCGAGUGAGCAGUGUGGGGGUGCCCACCCCACCCAGCGCUGCUUUGGCCGCCUGACGGACGCUUGGCGUCAGCAGUUCCCCGAGGCUAGUGAGAUUCCCCGCUGGGGAGAGCUGUUUAGGGCUGGUGUAGCUAUCUUUGAUCUUGACUUUGAUGCUAUCCUUGCUGCCAUGUAG